AUACUCUGUUACUUGAGUGGCGGAGUUUCUUGUCAACUUUUGUUUUUUUACGAGCUACCAACUGUCGGAACUGACGUUUGCAUUCGUCAUUGUAAAAAGACACUUGACUAUCGGAAUCAUUUCAGUAAUAUAUUAUACUUCGGGAUUGGUGUUGCUGUGAUGGCGCCAAUCCCGAGGAAAUUAAUUUUAGUGUAUCUGGUUGUAAAUUUAUUGUAUAAUGUUCGCGUUUACUGUGAUGUGGAUGGUGAUGAAGAUGAAGAAAAAGAAAUAAAAUUGAUUCCAUCUAACAAUGGACGAGGAUUUGGCUCCCAUUUUGCUUGGCAAAAUUUUGACAAAGGAUUGGAAAUAGCAAUGCUCACUCAGAAGCCAAUCAUGGUUAUUAUUCACAAGUCUUGGUGUAGUGCAUGCAAAGCUUUGAAGCCUCAGUUUGCUGCUUCAAGAGAAAUUGCAGACUUGAGUGAGAAGUUUAUCAUGGUGAAUGCAGGGGAAAGGGAACCCCCUGCCAAGGACCCAAAGUUUUCCCCUGACGGAGACUACGUCCCAAGAAUCCUCUUUCUCAGUCCUACUGGAGAACUUAGAUUAGAAUUUUAUAAUGAGGCUGGAGAUCCUGCCUACAAAUACUUCUAUUCAGACACUUGGAGUAUUCUUGCAACAAUGAAUAAAGUAGCACAAACAUAUAAAAAAAGAGAAAGAUCUAAAAAGGAGUUAUAAUAUGGAAAGUGAAACAAUCCAAGUCUACAUAAAAUUUGUUUUAAUAUAUAAGUAGAAAAUCUACCGACAUUAUUGUUUUUUGAGAAAAUGUAUUAUAUAUUUAAUUUUGAGUUAUAUUUUUUAAUAAAUAUAUGAAAUUGCUGAAAAUAAUUUAUUUUACUCUCUGUAUGUAGAGUAGAGUUAUCCAGUGUUGUUAUUAUCUGAUGUCCAUUGCAAAAAGCAAACAAACAAAAAAUGCUUCAAUUAGCAACACAAGAACUACAAAGUGUGAGUGUAGUCUCUUUUACCCCCCCUCCCUCCUUGACUUCUGAGAAAAGCAAUUUACAAUAAAAAUUUCCUUUAAAUCAGCAUAGAACUGAACUUACUGUAUUAAUUUCACUUCAGACAAUUUUCUCAUUGUACAUUCAUUUUUUGUUGUUGUUUUGUUGUAAAACAUGGUUAUUAAGUUUAUAAUGUGUAAAAUAUUAAUAUCAUUUGUGGUGUAAUAGAUUUUUGUCAAGACCUUGCUAUAGUGAACCUGAGAUUUUCAUUUGUCAUUCUGUUGGCUCUUAUGUCAGGUAAUUGACUACUGUACACUUCAAUUAAACAAUCAUCGAAUGUGUUUUAUGGCACUUUAUUAUUUUACCAAAAUUGUAACAUGCAAAAUACAGUACUGUAUAACAUUCAGUAAUUGUAUAAACAAUCAUCAUAUUUAAAACUUCACUGAAAUAUCAACAAACAUAAGGUACAUCUCUUAUAUGUCUCUUACCUUACAUUAUUGUAUAUAUUUAUAUCUUUAUCUAUUCACAAAAAAUUGCAGUCUCACUUUUCAGGUAAUGAGACAAGAAUCUUUUCAGUAACAAAACUUAGAAGCACGUUGAUUGGAAGAUUUGAUGAGGGAAGUACAUUCUAUGACGAGUAUGUUGAGCAUCAACAUAAUAAAAUAGUGGAUUUGAACAUAAAACAUAUAUUUAUGGGUUGUCUAUUAUUUUAUUAAUCUUUAUUUGGCAGUGAAUGAAAUGAUGUUCUUGAAGUUCUUUGUGUGUGAAUAAAAGCAGGUAACAAAAACUUUUCAUUGGUACCAUACAACACAAAACUGUCACAAUAGAGCAACAAUUGGACUAUUUUUUAAACAAUCUGUAACUGUAAGUGAUCGGUACUGUAUAGCAUGUUAUUGAAAAUUUAUUAUGGUGGUUCAGCUGCCAUGAAGCAGUGGUUUUUUGUUUGAAAUGUUUGUUGGCCUAAUGAGGCACAGAUAUUGAUUCGGUAAAAGUCCUGAGAAAGUUCUUCUGCCUCCACCUGUUUGUAGAGUCCACCUUAAUUCUUGACUAGUCCGUUGAGAUAAAUUAUUGUACUUUUUUUGGCAUCAGAGCUCACUGAAAGAUUGAUGAAGAAAUAAGUUCUGGAAGUGGAACCAGGAAGUAAUGCAGAGUUAAUAUGGUAUGUUAGUAGCAGGCUCCCCAGUGUUAAUUUCUAUAUCUGUGAGCAUGAUGUUUGUGAUGUUUUGUCUCUUGAAGAAAAAAUUGCACAGAUGUAUCUUUAGUGGGCAAGGCACGUUGAGCUGCUAAACGUCAAUUUGAAAGGAUGUCUCACUGCUGAGUCUUGCAGCACCCCGGCCUGCUUUGCGGCCCAGCUUGCUCAUGUCACAUUCUGCCUCGCUCAGCUCAUGGGAAUGUGAGUCAGAGAAGCGAGAUGGAGGAUUAAUUCUGUCACUGAAACUGUUAGUAAUAAGAGGCUAUUAAUAUGUUAGUACAUAGGUGUAUAGAAGCACAUAACUAUCUCAGAUAAUUUUUGUCAAAUGGUAAAGAGAAUUAAAGAAAUAAUAUAAAAUUAGGUAAUACAUAUAACAUAAAACAACACAAUUAAUAUUCAAGUUCAAUUAGAUUCUUUAAAAUUAAAUUUACCUUGACAGCUGGUAUAUAAUUUAAUUCUUCAUAAUAAAUGUAAUGACAAAACAAUUUGCAUGUGUUGAAAAGCUUGAUUUAUCUUCAAUUAGAUGAAAAUGACAAUUUAGAAAACAGCUUUUGGUUUGGGAAGUUAUUGAAUUAACGUUAUUUAUGAGCAUUUGAAGGGGCAAGUUAGUUGUCAUUCAGGAAAUGCCUGAAAGUUGUCCCUUCAGUAUGGCUUGAAUAUCCACUACUGCUUCGUACUUGCCUUUUUCCCAAAACUUGCCCCUUGCUUUUAGACUUUCUGGAAGGAUAUGGUUUCCGUGCUCCCGAUGGAGAUGUUUCAGAGGAAGAACUUGAUUCUUCUACUCCAGAUUUGCUAACCUCUGAGAAGUAAAUGAUAAAUCUGAUAAGUACACAUGUCACACAAUAAUUUAUAAUUCAAUUUCAUAUUUAAAUUUUGUGAUUUAUUUGUACAUCAUUUUUAUAUCAAUUUUUUAAAAUGAUUUUACAAAGCCUUCCAACUGAAACAUCAGAGCAGUAUAUAUAAUUAUUUAUAAUAACAGUUUUCGGAUAUUUUAAACAAAAAGAAAUGGCAGUUUCAGAAAAAGAAAAAUUGUUUGAAGUGCAAAUGUCAUUCAUUAGGUGGCAGCAAUUUUCUUUAAGUUUCCAUGUAGAAGCUCAAUUUAAAGAUGUUUCAAAUCAGCCAUGUACAUGCCAAAUUUUUGUUUGACAAAGAAAAUUGAAAUUUAUCCAAAAAUGGAUAAUUGUAUUUUUAUUUAUUUAGAUGUGUUAGGAAAUUAUUCAUACAAAAACGUAACAUUUUUUAAAUGGCUCAUAUUGUUAAAAUUGCUUCAUGAUUUCUAAUCUGAAGAAUAUUAAAAAAUAAAUAAAUAAUUGCAAAACUUUUGAUUGAAAGUUUGUUGAAAAAUAAAUAUUAAUUAUAACAUUUUC